CACUUUCCCUAAAAGAAAUCUUUCCUUCAAAUUGUGUUGUUCAAUUCGUGUUUCCAAAGCCGCUUUAACCAUUCCGUUCGAUGAUUUUCCCAGAAAAUUGCCACACAUGAAAGAAUGACAUGAGUAUCCUCAAGGGACUUAUCGACUCUCUUGGCUCAAUCUUUAGCUCAACCUAUGGUUCUGAACCAAACUCCGGCCCUCCCAAUUCUUCUUCCACCAUGGAUGGUGUAGCUGGAUCGUCGGUUUCGAACGAGCGCGUAGCAUACAAGCUCAAAGGAUACUUCGACUUGGCAAAGGAAGAGAUCUCCAAGGCCGUUAGGGCCGAAGAGUGGGGCUUAGUCGACGACGCCAUUAUUCACUACAAGAACGCCCAGCGGAUCCUCGUCGAAGCUAGUUCGACUAGUGCGCCUUCUUAUAUUAGCUCGAGUGAACAAGAGAAGGUGAAAUCCUAUCGUCAAAAAAUAUCAAAAUGGCAGGGUCAGGUUUCGGAAAGGUUAAAAGCUUUGAGUAGGCGUGCAGGUGGUACAUCCACAAGUAAGAGCACCUUAACUCAAGCUCAAACAGCUGCAGUUAUGCCAGCAACAAUAAAUGCUAGAAAUGAUAUGUUACAAAAGUCCCGUGGCUCUAGAAUUGGCAAACCAGUGAUGAGAAAUCAGACAGAUAAAGUUGUAAGCCCAAAAACUAUGCAAGAAUCUAACACUGGUAGUGAAGCAAAAUUGGUUGAAAUGAUAAAUACUACAAUAGUGGAUAGAAGUCCUUCUGUUAAAUGGGAAGAUGUUGCUGGCCUUGAGAAGGCAAAGCAAACUUUAAUGGAAAUGGUUAUCUUACCAACGAAAAGAAGAGACUUAUUCACUGGUCUUCGGAGGCCAGCCAGAGGUUUGCUUCUUUUUGGUCCCCCGGGGAAUGGGAAGACCAUGCUUGCCAAAGCAGUCGCUUCAGAGUCUGAGGCAACAUUUUUUAAUGUAUCUGCUUCUUCCUUGACAUCAAAAUGGGUUGGUGAAGCUGAGAAACUUGUUCGGGCUCUCUUCAUGGUGGCUAAAUCCAGACAGCCAUCUGUAAUUUUCAUCGAUGAAAUUGAUAGUAUCCUGUCAGCAAGGCAGGCUAAUGAGAAUGAUGCAAGCCGAAGGUUAAAGUCGGAGUUUCUAAUACAGUUUGAUGGGGUGACCUCUAAUCCUAAUGACGCCAUAAUUGUCAUUGGUGCUACAAACAAGCCACAAGAACUGGAUGAUGCUGUUCUUAGGAGAUUGGUGAAGAGAAUAUAUGUACCUUUACCAGAUGAAAAUGUGAGGAGACUACUUCUUAAGAACAAACUCAAGGGCCAGGCGUUUUCCUUACCCAGUGGAGAUCUAGAAAGGCUUGCAAGAGAGACAGAAAGAUAUUCUGGAAGUGAUCUACAAGCCUUAUGUGAAGAAGCUGCAAUGAUGCCAAUCAGAGAGCUAGGUGCGAACAUUCUAACUGUCAAGGAAAAUCAGGUAAGACCGCUGAGAUAUGAAGAUUUUCAGAAGGCAAUGACUGUCAUUAGACCAAGCUUAAACAAAAGCAAGUAUGAAGAGCUUGAACAAUGGAACCAGGAGUAUGGAUCUAAUUGAAUUCGUAUUAAGAUUCUAACGAUUCAAAGCAAGCUGUUUUGCAGUGAACUUCAAACAAAAAAAGAAGAAAAGAAGCAAAAUUAUAGUGCAACUACACUGUAAAAUGUAAAUGUCACUCCUCCUCGCAACCUGAACUCUACAAAUAUAACUCGAAUCAUUUGUAUUCUUCUGCACAUAAGUGCUAUUUAUUGUAAUGGUGCUGUUUUCUUUUAAUGGACAACACUAGAGGUGGGUGUGCAGGGUAA